UUUACGCCGAGAAGAGAGGCAUCAGAGGCUGGCUCGGCGCCCGGCAGGCGCGUCUGCGCACAAUCUCGAACACUCUUGACACUCCUCGGGGGAACUUCUGCCGUGUCGGCUCCUUUCUGUACUCAAGCGGGAAUCGGCUUGAGCCGGUGGGCGAUGGCCGCGAUUUGGCACCUUGCACUUCUUCUGUGUAUGCUCUUCGUCCAAGUUCAGCCAAGUUUUGCAUCAGAAGCAGACAUGUACACAAUUAAAGACAAUGCAGGCAUAACUAUUCACUGCAGAAAAUGCUCAGCCGGGCAAAAAGUUGUAAAUGACUGCACUGCAGAUAAAGAAACUGAAUGCGAGGAUUGUGAAAGCGAGACGUACAUGGAUUACCCUUCAAACAUGAAGAAAUGCUUAACUUGCCGGAAACCUUGUGGAGAGUAUGAAGAGGAAAGCUUGUCAUGUACAAGGACACAGAAACGGGAGUGCAGAUGCAAAGAUAAUGCAUACCUGCUGGACAGUGAGUGCAUCAGGCACCGACCGUGUUUCCCUGGCCAUGGAGUAUACAAACCGGGCACGAAUGUCUCAAAUGUUAUGUGCAAGCGGUGUGUAAAUGCAUACUCUGAUGUAACAUCAAGCACUGCCACUUGUAAACCCCACACAAACUGCCUUGCCAAGAACUUGACAGUGAUAGCCUUUGGUAAUGUCAGUGCUGACAACGUUUGUGGUCCAAAGCCCAUUAGGUCUGUUACAAAACCAAGUUUACAGAAUGACAAGGUCACUGAGAACAUAUCUAGCUCUGGGACAGACAAAAACAGUGAACCUAACAGUUCAGACAAGUCCACUGGCUGUUGGUGUUGGACAACUGAAAGAAUUGCAAUUGUCUCUGUGAUCGGGGUGUGCCUUUUAACAUUUACAGUACUGGGUUGGAGUUUGUACUUCAAAAAGAAGAAAAAGUUUAAAAGGCAUAUAGCAGAUUUAACUCAGGUGGACAAAAAAUGGAUGUUUUCAUGCAGAAAGACAGGAGACAGGAAAAAUGCAUUGCAUUUGGUGGCACAGAUGAUUGGGAAAGACUGGACACAGCUCCUUGGAGAACUUGGUUUUACCAAAGACUGGAGGAACAUACGAGAAGAACACAGAGAUGUCUACAACCAGGCCCUGGAGGGGCUCAGGCUGUGGACUCAAUGGGAAGAGGAGUCCUCACUUGAGCUCCUGAAAAAAGCAGCCAAAGGCAUUGACAGAAAUGACAUAUGUGAGACCCUGGAUCUACUAGAGCGAGAGAUAAAUAAAAAGGCUUACAAAGAUAAGGACUCGCCCCACAUUUUACAGUGCAUCAGAGAACGCAAAUCAUCAGUAGGCACUUCAAAUCAGAAGGAAUACAAGAAACAACUGAAGAAGCCUCUGUUACAAUCAAUUCCCAAUUGAAAUGAACUCCCCA